GUUAUAGAGUUAAAUAAAUUAACUCUAGUAUUUAGGAAAUACUUAGUAUGAUGGAAUUAAAUGAAAAAUCAUGGAAUAAUUAAUCAGCUGCAAGUGAAAAUGAAGGAAUAAUAAAACUUGUUCGAAAAGAAAAGGAAUAUUUUACAAAAAUAUAGGAAAAACUUUUGAGCAUAGGCCAUAGCCGAAGAAACCAUGGUAGUAGCAGAAAUUUGCAAAAACUGAUUGAGAGAAUGGAGGAUUUUGAGAAGAAGGUCUCCAUAUCAGAACCAGAGACGACAACCAAACCUGUAAAUAUGGAGAUUCAAGCUGAAGAAAAACAAGAAAUAGGCUCAAAAAUCAACACCACCAACGAAACAAUUCUAGGGUUGCUCCGUAGAUUCCUCGCUGUUCAGCAGCGCCGCGCCCUCGCUUAUGCCCGCCUCAAACGCGGUUUUGAAGAUUAUAGGGUUUCGGGAGGUGAAUUAGCUUAUCAGCAGCUUUGCAGCGAGAUAACUCUCGAGUUUAAUGAUUGUUCAAAGCAGGUGCUUGAAAUGGAAUCGAUAUUUGCAAGUCCUGCUUAUUGCAGAGAGGAUCUGGCUGGCCUGCUGAGAUCAGUUCAAGUACAAGAAAAGGAGAAAUUGAAUUUAACAGCUACAAUUCAAGUGCUGAAGAAGGCUGGUCGACCCUCGGAACGUUUGGUAAGCCAUGAGAACUGCAGAUUUACGCAGUCUGCGGGACAUGAAUGCAUGCACAUCCAGCAAAUAACUGAAGAAUCUGGAACUGAGGAGGCCGAGGCUGAUUCUGAAUAUGAUAAUGCCCUUAAGGAAGCUGUUAAAGGCAUGCAAGAUGCAGUCAUUUCUAUAAACGAAUACUUGGAAGAGGUCAGGUAUGAGAUUGCAGCGCUUGAAGGCGAAUAACUCUCUUACUUUAGGUGGGGUGAGUGCAUCGGCCCUUACGCGGAAUAAUUUUCCUGGGGACUUCAAUAGUUGUAAGUCACGUUCUGUUGAAUUUAGAGGGGUAAUGACCCUUUCAUAUAGUAUGUCAUAAUGAUCCUAAUCCAUUUCAGUUUAAUCACUUAAAUUCUUGGUUAGAAGGUUAGAACUUGGAAAAAUAUUAAAUAUACACAAUUCGAUGCAUGCAAAUGUAGAUAGAAUUUUGUUUGGGAGUAUCACUAUUAGAUGAUUUUGGUCUUGACGAUAUCAAUUUUUGUCUGGAAUAUCUAUUGUUUUAACUAUUUCAAA